GUAAUGGCGUUGCCUGCUUCCGUUGGCGGCUGGGUCCCACGCCGGAGAGCGCACACACACGCAUAUAAAGCGUAGGCGUCUCUCUCGUCGCAAGCUCGCAUCGCGCUGUUCCCUCCCUCCUCGCCGUCGCUGCAGGGGAGCACUGGCACGGACAGUGACAUCGUGUCCUCUCCUCUCCUCUGCAGCAGUCGCUGCUAUUUAACUGCUACUGUGUCCGAUUUAAUGCCGUGCCUCUGCUGAACGGAGCGAGGCAGCUUCAAUGCGGCCGUAAUCCAUCUGCUUGACCGUGUUCUUGGCGUUGGAUUGGGUGAGGGGAGGGGAGUGAGGUGAAGUGGAGGAGGAUGAACUAUCUGAAGAGGAGCCGGAGCCUGAAGAGGCUGCUGUCCCUCGGCCGCCGGAGCAGCAACUCCGACGAGUCCAAUGACGAGUGCGGCGUCGACGUCGAGCCGCCGCCGCCGCCGACGCCGAAUAAGCCGACUUGGAGGUGCUUCUCAUAUGAGGAGGUCGACCGGGCCACCAAUGGCUUCCACCGAGACAACAUGGUGGGGAGAGGCGGGUACGGCGAGGUGUACCGCGGGGUGCUGGAGGAUGGGAGCGCCGUGGCGGUGAAGCGGCUGGCGCCGACGGCGGCGGCGGACGAGAAGAAGGAGAAGGACUUCCUGACGGAGCUGGGCACGGUGGGCCACGUCCGCCACCGCAACGUCACGGCGCUGCUCGGCUGCUGCGUCGACCGCGGCCUCCACCUCAUCUUCGAGUUCUCCGCCCGGGGCUCCGUCUCCGCCAACCUCCACGACGAGAAGCUGCCGGCGAUGGCGUGGCGCCAGCGGCACGGGAUCGCCGUCGGCACGGCGCGGGGGCUCCGGUACCUCCACAAGGGCUGUGCCCGGAGGAUUAUCCACCGCGACAUCAAGGCGUCCAACAUCCUCCUCACCGCCGACUACGAGCCUCAGAUUUCGGACUUCGGGCUCGCCCGGUGGCUGCCGUCGGAGUGGACGCACCACGCCAUCGCGCCCAUCGAGGGCACGUUCGGGUGCCUGGCGCCGGAGUACUUCACGCACGGCAUCGUGGACGAGAAGACGGACGUGUUCGCCUUCGGCGUCUUCCUCCUCGAGCUCAUCUCCGGGAGGAAGCCGGUGGACGGCUCCCACAAGAGCCUCAUCGCCUGGGCGAAGCCGUACCUGAACGACGGCGUGGCGCAGGGGCUCGUGGACCCGCGCCUCGGCGACGGCUACGACGGCGCGCAGCUCAGGCGGCUCAUGUUCGUCGCGUCGCUCUGCGUCCGGCCCGCGGCGGCGUGGCGGCCAACCAUGACUCAGGUCCUGGAGUUAUUGGAGUCCGGCGAGAUAUCUCAGGAUCAAUGGCUGAUGCCCGAGGAGGAGGAGGAGGAAGAUGAGUUUUGGGACUUCGACGAUCUUGACGACUUCGAGGACGACGACGACGACGACGACGAUGACAACUAUGAUAACGACGAUGAAUCGGAUUCCCCCUCGAUAUCGUCGUCAGCGUGCAGCAUCCACGCCAAUGAUUAGCCCCAAAAUAUUUGCAUCUGUCAGUCGACAGAGAGCCCAAUUGGUUUUGGUUUUAGGUGAUACUAUGAUCGAUGAGAUUAUAUUAGUGUACAUAAACAACCUAGACAAUAGUAAAUUCAGGCAAAAAAAAAAAGAGGUUCAGGCCCAUGGUUUUGAUCA